AUGUCCUAUAUUUCUGAGCAGACUGGCGCAGGCAUUGCGCGCAUCGCCGAGUCGCACGCAGCCCUGGGUCGCCUACCCGCCCCGCAGCUGCCGGAGCCGGACUCCACUACGUCACGGACGGCCGUUUUCGACCGCGUGGCAUCGUCCUACGACCGAGCCUCGAAAGAUUGCGAGGAGCUGGUCAACGCGUUGCCCCGAGGCGUCUUAGGAUCCAUUAUCAAGGCACAAGCGACCUUCCGCGGCUACGUGUUCCGGGCAAGGUAUUUCGCCAAAGCCCGGGCGGUUGCUGCUUACUGCAAGGCCGUCGCCUGGCCUGAGCUGCAUCCGCAGCUGGAGGGCGAGACGGUGGAGCUUGCCUCGGACAAAGACAAGAAGAAGAAGAAGUCGAAGAUGGACAAAACGGGCAUGGCGAGCAACAAGGCCGAUGCCUCGAACCUCAAUCAGACAAUCAGCGACUUCCAGCCGACAGUCUCCAAGUACUUGGGUGGCGAAGGAAAUGCUGCGGCGAAGCAGUCUGCGUCGCCGACGGCUUCGCCCAUGCGGAAUACCAUGAACUCCACGAUGGGCUCGACCAAGGGCUCGAUGAUGGCAACGCAGGAAGUGCGGAACCGCGCAUGGCCUCUACCUACGGCGGAUCAUCGUGCUUGCGCAGACCUCUUUGCUCUCUACAUGUACAACCUGUAUCGGCGGAAGGAGCUGACCAACAUGUGGUCCACGCUCUGCAAGGCCUACGAGCGAGGCAUGGAUUCCUACGCAGAGCUCCUGCAUCGCAACCCUGCCUUGAAGCCGAUGCUGGAGUCCAUCGCGGCCCAGCUGAAACGAGGGUCGGUGGUCGGAUACGACAAGGCAUUUAUUGCCAAGAACAAGAAGGAGCCCACUGGAGAGCAGGCAACUGGCGGACGCGUCAAGCCCGUGGAUGCGGACAUCUUCAAGAGCAAAGCCGGCAGCACUCGGCAAGGGAUGGGCCAAACAGCACAGAGCGCUGCUGCUGGGGAAGAGGCGGCUACCGGCAAGCCGGCGCCCACGGCAUCACCAGGUGCGACGGCAACCAUGGCGAUGUCCAUGAAGUCAAUGAACCUGACUGUUGGAGAGAAGACGGAGGAGUCGGACGUUCAGGUCACUGGCGAGUACUUGACCAACUACCUCAAGGAGAUGGAUGGCGACGACUCCCAGUUCAAGGACAUCAAUCCUGCAGUGGUGCCACUCUCCACGGGGACCAGCCCCCCACGGCUGCAGCCGGCCGAGUCCAUCCUCAAGGCCGAGGAUCUCAGCAGCACCAACGAAGGCGUCGGCACAGCCACCAACGGCUCCGCGGAAGCAUCCUUUAAGGCCAAGAUUCGUGAGUACCUGGACCUCACCCUGCCAGAGUGCUUCAUCCCGGAGCUCGGGGAGCAAAAGCAGGGCAAGGUGCGCAGCAUCUACUUCUCUGGAAAGAAUGUUGUCAUGGUCACGAAUGAUCGUGUCUCGGCCUUUGACUACAUCUUGCCGAACCUCAUCCCUUUCAAGGGCCAGGUGCUGAACAUGAUCAGCGAGUGGGCCUUCAGCCAAACUAAGGACAUCAUCCCUAAUGCUUUGAUCGAGAACGUCGAUGCCAGUGUGGUGGUGCAGAAGAAGAUGAAGAACCUGAACGUGGAACUCAUCGUUAGAGGCUACUUGUGGGGAAGCAUGGCAGCGGCCUACGAGAAGGGCGACCGAAGCUUCUGCGGCCUGAAGCUACCGGAUGGGCUGAUCCGCUUCCAGAAGCUCGAGAAGCCCAUCUUCACGCCCACCACCAAAGCAGAAGUGGGUCACGACGAGAACAUGACCAUGGAGGACAUGGAGAAGCUACUAGGCAAGGAGCUGGCGCAGAAGGCCAUGGAGGCCGCCAUGAAGCUCUUCCAGCGUGGGUCCGAGCUGAUGCGGAAGCGAGGGCUGCUGCUACUCGACACGAAGUACGAGUUCGGCUUGGACGACAAGGGAGUGAUUCAUGUCAUCGACGAGGUGAACACGCCAGACUCCUCGCGCAUGUGCACAAUCGAGGAGUAUGAAGCCAAGUACCCCAAGAUAGCCGAAGAGAUGAAGACUGGCAAGUACCCCAACGUCACGGAGCUCAUGAAGGCGAAGCCUGACCUGAAGAUGAAGGAGUUCUCGAAGCAGUAUGUCCGAGACGCGCUUCUGGACCUGGGCUUCGACCCCACCAAGGACAAGAGCGCGCCCAAGCUUAGCGACGACCAGGUUGUCGAGUGUGCGUACCGGUACAUCAAGAUCUACGAGACGGUCACCGGGAAUUCGUUCCAGUUCCCACCAAAGAUGGCGCCGGAGAAGAGGAUCAUUAGCAACCUGUCCCGUGCGGGCAUGAUCCGGGGAUGCCUGGCUUUGCUGGCCGUCGAGACCGACGCGGACAAGCGACAGGCGGAGACCAUCAAAACGGAUCUCGACUCCUUCAAGAUUCCUUCCCAGGUGGUGGUACUCCCAAAGGAUGCCGCUCUGGAGCAGCUGGUGGCCGAUUACAACAAGGCCACCGAGCCUAUGGUGAUGCUACUGUGUGGCAGCACCGCCAGUGCUGCGUCUAGCCCUGGCCCGCUGCAGUCCACAGUGUUUCCCGUGAUAGCUUGCCCUGCUGAUGGCGCGGCUACCCCUGCUGCGGGUCUGGCUUUGCCUGCCUCCACUGGCCGGGGACGGCAAGUCGCACAGAUCCUGGCGCACGGCGCCAAGGAAGUGCGCGCUUGUCUGGAGGCCAAGAUCCAGGACGAGGAGCAGCUCAGAAAGAAAGCUCGCACCGGCUAG